AUGUUGACCUAUUCCCUUCUUUUGCUGUCUGCUCUAGCAGUAGCUGCUCCAACUUCCCCCAAGGUUGUGUCUUACUCACUGGCCUCGAAGUACGAAACCAUCAGGGCUGCUGAUGGAAAGACCGAUCGGUACUUGUACACCAACAUCACUCUGGGGACCCCCCCACAGAAGUUUGAAGUCACCUUCGACACUGGAUCAGCGGAUCUGUGGGUCCCAACUGCCCCAGACCAACAGUGCAGUGGCCAAUGUCCAGCUACUGCGGGAGCUUUCGACGCCGACGCCUCUUCCACCUACAGCUUGCUAAACAACAACUUUGAUGUUGGUUACAUUGGUGAUCCCAACAAUAGAGGAAACUGGGUCUCCGAUACCCUCACUGUGGGGUCUGUUACCCUGCCCCAGUUUUCAUUUGGAACCGUGCAAACCGAAGAUGGAGGCAUCUUUGGAGUCUCCUUCGAAGAGCAGGAAAGCUCCGCCGACGAUGGAGAGACCUAUCCCAACUUUGUGUUCGCUUCUAAGCAGCAGGGAUACAUUGACAGAGCAGUUUUCUCAAUCUUCUCCCCUUCUGCAAGCUCGAGUGAAGUCACCUUUCUGCUAGGAGGAAUCGACCACGCCAAGUUCUCCGGAGACCUCGCAUGGAACAAAGUUCCUGACCCCUCUAGAGGGGCCUCCAUUCUUGUCGACGACUUUUCUGUUAAUGGCGUCAACUUUUCUCUCUACAGCUCAUUUGCCGUAGACACUGGGUCGGUAGCUACCCUGAUCCCCGACGACGUGUUCCAGCAUCUUACUCGCACGGUCCAGGUGGGCUCCUGGAUACCUGAUCUGGGGGUGUACACCAUCGAUUGCAACGCCGAGCCGUCCAUCAGUUUCAACCUGCCCAACGGAACUAUCCAUGCACACCCAGAGACCAUGGUGGUUCCCAUUUCGCGCCUGUCAGGCAACCAAAGUGAUACCGGCUGCUACUUUGGUUUGGUUUCCAGCGAAACCUAUGACGGCAUCAGUAUUCUGGGCGACUCGUUUCUCCGAAACGCAUACGCAGUGUUCGACUUGGAGGACUACAAGCUAGGCUUUGCUCAGGCUCUCUAUACUGAUAAAAGUGAUAUUCAACCUGUUCAGGGUCCUCUGUAA